CAUUCAACUUUUGUUAGUCACGCGCACAAAAUCAGAAAGGAUCUGCUCUCGCAGGAGCAAGGACCACAUUCAUCGCGUAUUUUAUUGCUCUAAACAAAAUGAAUUUAAAAACACGAGAAUAUGAUAUGUUCAAGUAUAUGUUUAUAAAAAUGGACAAAUUAUUAAAAAAUUUUAAUACUUUUUUUUAUCAAUUCUAUACAACUUUUUUGUAAUUUGUUUGUUUUUUUUUGUCUUUUAAAUUCAAAAAAAAAAAUUUUAAUUUAUUUAUAAAACUUUAAAAAAAUAAAUAAAUUUUUUUUUAUUGAAAUGUGAAAGUAAAUAAGUGUUGUGAAAGAUAUUUAAGUGACAAAUGAAUAAAUUUUAUAGAAAAUUUAAUGACAAUAGUAUAUAAACAUUAAUAGCACUUAAAAAAUUGUUUCUAAAGUGCCUGAAAAACGUAAAUAAUACGAGUGAAUUUUUAAAAAUUUUUGAAUACAACUUUUAAUUUAUAUUAAAAAAUAAUUUUAACGUACCCAAAUUUUAGUGACAAUUGUUGCAAUUAUUUAAAUUUAUCAAAAAUGUUUGUGAAGUUGAGUGUUUAUUUCAAAUUUUCCGAUAUAGUGAUAAACCCGAAACAUAAAUUUUAUUGAGAGAAAUACUUUGAGUGUCUUUUAGAAUGCAUUGUAUAUAAACAAAUUAUAAUUUACCUGGAAAAUUGCUGUUGUAUCGUUAAAAUUGGAAAUUAAAUUUUAUUUGAUGAAAAACAAACUUUAAAGUGUUAAAUAUAGAAAAUUUCGUAACAAUGGAAACCAAUAGUGUACUCAAUAAUUCGACAUUACCGGCGAAUAUGACGUUUACAAAUCGUUCGCUGACCGUUAUAAUAGUAUAUUGUAUAUUUUUCAUAAUUGCCGCAAUUGGAAAUCUCACUGUCUUCAUUACAUUGUCAAGAGGUCGUUAUAAAAAGUCACGGAUCGCAUUGAUGAUAUGUCAUUUAUCAGCUGCAGAUCUCUUCGUCACAUUCUUUAUGAUUCCUCUCGAGGUCGGAUGGAGAGUCACAGUAAAAUGGUUGGCUGGAAAUUUAGCCUGUAAAAUUUGUUUAUUUCUAAGAGCUUUCGGUCUUUAUUUAUCUAGUAAUGUACUCAUAUGCGUUUCCUUGGAUAGGUAUUUUGCAGUUUUACAUCCUCUAAAGUUAAACGAUGCUAAGCGACGAGGAAAAAUGAUGUUAACAGUCGCUUGGAUUACCAGCGUCAUUUACGCUAUUCCACAAAGUUUUAUAUUUCAUGUAGCAACACAUCCUGAUUUUCCAAAUUUCACCCAGUGUGUAACUUUCGGCUUUUUCAAAUCGGAAUUACAGGAAAAUAUUUACAACAUUUUUUGCCUCUUGGCCAUGUAUUUUGCGCCACUUAUUGUUAUUUGCUGGGUUUAUAUGAAAAUUCUUUGUGAAAUCAACAGCAAGUCUCGUGAAAACAGACAAGUGUUGACCAGAACACGUAGUAACGGAAGUUCAGGAAGUUUAAACAGUGGAAGUGACAAUCGCAUGAGAUUGAGGUGUUCAGACAUGAGUCGAAUUAAAAGAGCUCGAACUCGAACACUACGGAUGACCAUAACCAUUGUCGCUGUAUUUAUCUUAUGUUGGACGCCGUAUGUGACAAUGGUGCUAUGGUACAUAAUUGAUCGACAAAGUGCAUUGAAUGUCAAGCAAGAAAUUCAAGAGGCACUUUUUAUAAUGGCUGUUGGCAACUCUUGUGCUAAUCCACUAGUUUAUGGAAGUUAUGCUGUUGACUUGAAGAAGGAAUGUUGCAGGUGCUUUCUUCCGUUUCCGAAAAAAACUAACAUCCAAACGUAUUACGUACAACGUGACACAAGACCAAAGUCAUUGAUCUUAGAAAAACAAACUCCAGGUGACAGCAUCAUUUUUAUAAAAUCAGUUCGACGAAUAUUGCAUGAUUGCUUUAAAGUUGGAAGGAGACAAACGGACAUAACAUGCAAUGCAACCGUGAGCACUGAAUGCGCCCUGAUAAAAAAUGUACAAAACUCCCCUCUUCAAAAUGUGAAUCCUAACAUACAGGAAGAUGUCAUAAAGUCAUCGUCUUCUUUAACUGCAAAAGUCACUGAAGAUAAAACAUUUGUAUAGUUAAUUUCAUCAGAAAUGUAUACAAUAUAUUUAAAAAUAUAACAUAUAAACGAAUUUUUAAAUUUCCAAAGAUUUAUCAGUUUAAAAAUAAUAUUGAAAAUAUUUUAUUAAAAAAUAUAAUUACCAUAUUCGAUUAAUUAAAUAAUUUCAAAAAUUGCACAAAACAUUUAAGAAUUAAUCUCAUAAUUAUGUGUGUGAUACUAAAAUUAUAACAAUAAGAGAAAAUAUUUAUGAAAUGUUAUUCUAACAUAUAAGUGCAUGAAAAAGUAAAUUUAAAAAAAAAUU